CGUGCUUUUAAUGUUGUAACUAAUACAACUGUCUUGUUGUUUUGAUCAGGAAUCAGGAAUCAGGAAACGUUUAUUGCCAUAGUAUGUUGUACAUACAUGGAGAUUACAAUGUUAUUAUUAAUUACAUUUUAUUUUGGACAGUGUCCAUUUUGAUGGUAACUCUAAAGUGCUUCAUGGCCUUGGACAUUCUGGCUGCACGGGGGCUGUUCUACUUGACGAUGGUAACACACAAGACACAAGCAUGCACUCACGGCAAACUGGCCUCACUUUGUUUUCAGUCUGGUUUACAGCACAAAUGCAAAACGCAGCCUGGUGCAUGAGAGAAAUUCUCAACAGUAGAUGUAGUAGUAGUAGGCAGCGUUUGGCCCAACCCCAAAUGAAUGUCGUGGGAGGAAAAUCUGAUGACGACAGCGCGUAAAUCGGCAGCUGGAAACGAGAGGUGCCCUCGUUACGCGGUUUGAACGGCGAGGCAUCGGAGAGCGGUUACGCACGCGUUCCCCGUUGUUGGAUCGGAGUAGGACGUGAGCCUAAUGCAUCUCUCCCCAUCUCAACGGUGUGGUUUUUUGAAAAAAGAUGCGGUGCAGGUUGGGCCAUCCCGACAUCUUUGCAGCGUGUUAAACUCCACCGGAUUACGAGUCCGAUUCGACAAACUAAAUGUGCCAAAGGGAACAGAGAAGUUAAUUCAUUAAAAAAAUGUCUACGACGCAGAUUAGCUCUCUGUCGCCCAACCAGAGCGACCUUUCCACGGCCACUUACGAGAAGACGGACGUCCCCUCGGAGGCGAAGAGGCAAAUCCGACUAGUGAUUUUCGGCUUGUGCGUAAUCUUCGCCGCUGCCACCUUUGUCGGUGGUGGAUAUUCGCUGCUCUCUCUCCUCCGAAUGAGGAGAAAAACCUCCCUGUGUCUUAUCGUCGCUUCCAUGUCGGUGGACGACCUGCUGAGUGUUGUCCCCCUCACCCUGUUCAUGCUCCUACAGUGGGAGACAGCUGGAGACCGAGGGUCGGGCAGUCUUUGCACUUUUUCCGGACUUCUGUACGUGUUCCAGGGGGUUUCUAGCAAUAUGAAGGCUUGCCUGAUAGCAGCCUACACUUUUUAUGUCACCAAGAGAUUUGGAGUUCUUCAGUCUGUCCGCCGGCCCCUGGAAGCGAUGUGGGCCAUCGCCGCGGUGUGGGCGGUCAGCCUUGCCGUCAGCGCGUUACCUCUGUGCGGAUGGGGCCGCUUUCAGCCGGUCUCACUCGGGUGUUUCCCCGCGAGCGAUAGUUUUUACACCCUGCUGCUUUUCUCUUUAUAUUCACUCUGUUUCUGCGGCUUGCUGUUCUUCUUUAUCUCCCUCACCUACCCGCUGCUGUGCUCCAGGGAGCCCCAGAGGACUUUGCUGUACCCCAGCUACUUGGAUAUGGCGAGGGGGCUGAGUGGCUCCGCUCCCCUCUGUGAUCUCCCUUCCUUUUCCCGGGAUAGCCCGAACAACAGUUUCGGGGCGUACAACGAGCUGAGCCCAAGUUCGUGUGGGACGGAGCUCAGGGAGAAGGAGGCCAGCGGUGUGUCCCCGGUGUCUGUGUGUGGACAGAGGACAGGAGCUGUCGGGGACACGCCAGUUGUGUUUGCACAAAAGCGCUUCUCCAUGAUCAUGGCGGUCGUCCGAGUUGUUUUAUGGAUGCCAAUGAUGACUUUGGUGCUGUUAAGCCACACAGUGGACUCACGUAGCGACGCCCUGCAGACGCUGAGUUUCUUUCUCACUCUGCUCGCCCCUAUGGUCACUCCAUUAUUUGUGCUGUCUGAGCGCUGGAUCCACAUGCCAUGUGGCUGCUUCAUUAACUGCAAACAGAAUCCAACGCAGCAACCCUCAGCAAUGAAGAGACGAUUUGAGUUCAGCCUUUCCCUCCAACAAGGCUAUGGAGUGUACAAGUUGUCACAUGCCACUGUGUCUCAUCACAGUCCGCCCCUUGAGAAGCCAGCAUAUCACAGCCUCUUUAACUAUGAUUUUCCUACUACCGGCCUUGAUGCACUAGAAAGUGGCAGACUCUCCAGCCUGGGGCCUGGUUUUGAUUUCAGAACCACCUGCCUUAUGGACAGCUCCUCUCACGCAGACCUAUCGUUGGAAGGGGUGGCCGGUGGAGGAGACGUGCUGAACGGGAACCAAGAAGACGAUGACGACUUCCGGGGUGUCUCUUCGCUUCCUUCCCAACACCGGGAGCAGGAUCACAAUCUCACUGAUGCGUCAUCUGUGUUCGAGGGCACGGAGAGGAGGCUGUCACAUGAGGAGUGCCGGAAAAUCGAGCUGACAGACUGGGAGUGGUGCAGGAGUAAAUCAGAGAGGACACCGAGACAGCGGUCAUCAGGUGGUCUGUCAAUCCCCCUGUGCGCAUUUCAGGGCACCGUAUCUCUGCAAGCACCCACAGGGAAAACCCUCUCUCUCUCCACCUAUGAGGUCAGCAGCGACGGACUCAAAAUCUCACCCAAAAACGCAAAGAAGAUUGAAGUGUAUCGAUCAAAGUCAGUUGGCCACGAACCCCGAGCAGACGACCAGGCAUCCAAAGGCCAGGCUGGAGACGAGAAUGUCAGCAGCGUAGGGAUGUGCACGGAGAUCGGAAUGGGGAUGGGAAUGGGAGCCGGCGUGGGGGACACCAACGUCAAGAUCCACCUUGAGGUUCUGGAGAUCUGUGACAACGAAGAGGCCAUGGACAGCGUCUCCAUCAUCUCCAACAUCAGUCAGUCCUCCGCUCACACCCGCUCGCCGUCGCUUCGCUACUCCAGAAGGGAGAACCGUUUUGUCUCCUGUGACCUGGGUGAGACGGCGUCCUACUCUCUGCUCAUCCCCAGCAGUGGCAACCCAGAGGCAGAGACCAUCAACAUCAACAUACCUGACACUGUGGAGGCCCACCGGCGGAACAGCCGGCGCCAGACGCAGGAGAGCUCGGGGUAUCGGGAGGAGAUACAGCUGCUAAAUGAGGCCUACCGGAAGCAAGCUGGGGAGAGGGACGAUUGAGAUACACACAGGACGCCAUGAGGCUGUCUCUGAGGGCGAAACACUAAUGUCCUAAUCAUUCCACAUCGCCACUUUCCCAGAUCACCACCCCUUGAACUGGGAGGUGACCCAGAUAGAAAUAUCCAAAAGUCUGUUUGCCUCCUCUUGAACUGCCUCUUCAGGUAGCAUCAUGAGAGCACACACAUCUGUAGAAUACAUAGAGAUAGAUUAGCCUGAAAAGGACGAGGAGGAGAGAGAGAGAGAGAGAGCGGGGGAGUGGUUGGAGGCAAAAACAGUAUUGCAGCACAGCAUCUGUAUUCCUUGAGAGAGUUUCGCCGUAUGCAGCCUGUCACGUAGCUAACCAAGAUACAGCAAGAGAGAAAUCCACAUAGACGUGGAAAAGGAGGCGCGAAAAUCUAGUCACACGCCUAACAUGAAGCGGCUGCUGUGCACUAGGUCACCAGUGACUCAGCGCUGAGGGGAGGGGGGUCACCUGACCCAUGUGUCUGACUCAUCCCUGUGUCUGCGGUUGUGUAUUUUUGUGUCGUGGAAGACGUAUGAAGAUAAUGGUUUAAAAUGUCAGCAUUCACAUGAUGCAUUCACAUGUUUUAUAUGAAUUGGCUUAUUCUACAUACGUAUAUUUCUUUUGAUGUAAUGUUUCUUUGAGUGUCCAGUUGCUUUGACUCUCGCGUAUUUCCAGAGUUAACGCUGCCACUAUCAAAUGAGAGAUAGAGACCACAAUCAAUGCUGAAAAUCUGUCAAGUAAAUGAGAGGCCGAAGAUAUGAGGGAGAGUGAGAGUAAUUAUAGAAGAGGGGGUCGAUGGGAUACUUAUUCAGUUUUCCACCUCAUGCACAUUUAGAGCAACAUAUACAGUAUGAGUGGCAGUGUGCAUAUUUUACUGGCAGCAUAUGAAUGUACAUUUCACAGCCACUUUGGGUACUCAUCUGCCCAUACAAGCAGUAAGCCACUGGGCCCUAUUGAAUACCUGCAUAAACUCAAGACUGGAAUACAAUUUUCAUUUAUAGUAUUAGAAUAGGGCCUAUUUCAGCACUGUUUUAGAACGAUUACUUUGACUGUCAAAAGCAUAUAAAUCUUUAUUCUCUUUCCUGAAUGACGUUGAUAUAUAUGCACAUUUACAUGUACAUUGGUGUGUGUGUGUGUGUAUAUAAUUGCAGUAACAUGGUAAUUAUAGGUAUUUUAGACUAAGAAAUAUAUAUAUUUAUUUAGGUUUGUUUUACUAUGGCGUCUUUCAUGUUUUAGCCAUUUGGUUUUGUGAUCUUCAGCACAGCAUUGGCCCUUUUAUUUUCAGACAUUCGAAUGGUCCUUCAGCGAGUUUCCUUCAUCAACUGCAGCAUUUCCCAUCUCCUUGAAGAAAUGUCAUUAAAGAUUCAUACCAGAAAAUUGCCUCCAACUGGAUUACAAUGUCAAGUAAUCCCAGGCAACACAAAAAUAAUGUACAGGCGUAUGAAUCGUGCUGAAUGUAAAGUUAUAUUCAAUGUCGAACCUUUUUAGCUGUUAAUGGUUCCAAAAGCUUUUCGUCUGAGCCAAGCUUAAUUUCUCCUGCCUCACAGAAUGGAAGUAAUUUAAUCAUCUGCUUAUUCUUACUUUCAGACAGGAUAACAGCUCAGCAACUGGUCUCAUCUUUGUGAUCAAUAAACUUGCAAUUUGCUUUUUUUUGUGAGAGAUUGGGACUUGCAAAUUAGCUUUACCCAGUCAUGUCAACCAUCUGAUUUGGUAACACAAAGUACUCAUAAGAUAUUCUUUAUUUCAAAAUAAAAGCAAAUAAACUACUGUUAUUAACUACUUAAAGAGACAGACUGAGAUAAUCAGCCUACAUCAUUGGUUGUUGUGCCCCUGGGAUUACAGUAAUAUGACUAGUUCUCAACAGCUCUAUGAUAUUGCAUAAAUGUCCUUAUCUGUGUUUCGACUGGCAGAAAAUCUGCACCAAAGACUAUAUUUCUGUGGGGAGGUUCCACAAAUAAUCUAAUCAUUCUUGUGGUUGUAUGUACAUUUAAAUAUAUUUCUUUGUGGAAGAGGAGAGUAACGGGAGAGAUCCACCAAAGCAAAUAGUCAGACAAAAGACAUUUUUUUUAAAGUAGAAGUCAAAUGUAAUCAAAAACACAUUUAUCUAAGGCAUACGCCAGCAGCUACAUUGCUAAUGUUUUGUCAUUUAUCUCUGAUCCAAGGACUUUCCCCUCCCACUCACAACCUGGGACUAUGCUGUGUUGUGUGAAUGUUGCAUCGAUGGCCGUGCCUGAGACCUCCACACAUGCGCCAUCGAUGAAGGGCAUGCAUUGUUGAGAAUGCACUGUAAGUCUGAGCCAGAGGAGGAGAAAAAAACAUGCAACAUAUUUAUACAUGAUGCUUUUGAUCUGAAGUUAUCAAUCUUGGUUAAAGAUUUAGGGUCAGAGAUCAUUUGAAUGCAUCGUAGGUAUCCCUCAGGGAAUGAAAACAGGGUGUGCAGAAAAAUACGCAACAUCAUUAAGAGAAGUAAGGGGCCCAGAGCACAUGUUCAUUGUUACAGCAUAUCAUUUGGUUUUUACAACACCUCCCAACAUAAAGACUGUCUGUUAUUUCUCCCUCUAGCAACAUAUCUCAGCUUUACUCUCAAAAUGUUGCUCUGCACCUUCCUUCCUUUGUUUCUCACUAUUUUCAAGCCUUGCUUAUUCUGUGACUCUGACCCAUUUUUAAUCUGUCAUUUGUUCAAUUCCGUUUCACCAGCCAUUGAUUGUGCCCAUACAUCUCAGAAUAAUGACACAGAUGAACGUGUUGGCAGUUGAGUCGAAACCCUGUGAGCAACUGCUAAUUUAGGCAAAGAUUAGCUGGUCACAUUUGAUUUAUUUUUAAGUUUCAAACUGCGCCCUCCUCAAAGACUGAUCUAUUUCUGUCAAAGCUUAAAAACAGAGGCAGAUGUGGAAUUAAUGUAAAAUGGAUCAAGACACAGAUUGAAACAAAAUAAAGAAAAUCAGACUUUUUUUAAUGAAUUAUUCUUUUUACAAACACGAGCUUAAUGUUUCCAGCAGUCUAGCAGUCAUAUCAGAUCCUUUUUUUGGGCUCUAACCUUUAAGGCCCGAACAAUACAUCAUUCCCUGAUGUUCCGUUGAGCGAGGCAGCGGGAUGACCCCAUUACAGCACUUACAUUGGCAGCGUAUAUUCCCCAGUGUGGAUUUAUGUUGCCUGAGGACAUUGUUCAUAAAGUCACACUGAAUUUCUUU